AUGGCCACUACUGCAGAAGGACAGCUACCCCCUCUUUCCGGCCUCUUAGCUUCAUCUUCACGACGUACAGCCGCCAUAUUCGCUUCAUCUUUUGCCCCGUCACUAUCCGAUGAGCUGAGCUCACGCGCCAAGUUGGCUGUCAAGAUUUCAAAUGAGUACGAGGCGGUGAGGGAACUUCCAAUAGGGAUGCGAGAACAGCAGGGGCCGCAUGCACCCAAGCAGCGAAAAGCCAUCGAAGGCCCGCCACCAGAGACAACCAGGCUCAUCGAGGCUGCUGCAGGGACGACAGCACCUCAGGCUGCGUUAACCCUGGCCCCUACUUCAAACCAAACACCUCUCCACCGUGCACUCUCCCUUCGGAAACAGCAGCGCGAAGUCAAGCCAGAUUACCAUCCACAAUGGCGUCUCUCACGGGUCAUAUCUGGACAUCUUGGUUGGGUACGAAGUGUUGCUGUCGAGCCGGGGAACAAGUGGUUUGCGACCGGCGCAGGUGAUAGGGUGAUCAAGAUCUGGGACCUGGCAAGCGGGGAACUCAAGAUCUCCCUCACCGGCCACAUCUCCACCGUGCGUGGUUUGGCAGUCUCGCCUAGACAUCCGUAUCUGUUCUCCUGUGGAGAGGACAAGAUGGUCAAGUGCUGGGAUUUAGAGGCGAAUAAGGUUAUUAGGCACUAUCAUGGACAUUUAUCAGGUAUAUAUGCACUUGCCCUUCAUCCAACACUAGACUUACUGGUCACCAGUGGUCGUGAUGCAUCUGCGCGAGUAUGGGAUAUGCGCACAAAAGCUCAAAUCCACGUUCUGGCUGGGCAUAGCGCCACUGUCGGGGCACUUCUAACUGCACCUGUCGAUCCUCAAGUCAUUACUGGCUCGAUGGAUUCAACAAUUCGGCUAUGGGAUAUUACAGCUGGUAAAACAAUGAUGACGCUGACACACCACAAAAAGUCAGUGCGCGCUCUCGCGUUAUCCCCCUCCGAGUUCUCGUUCGUUUCCGGCUCUGCUGGUGGCAACAACAUCAAAAAGUUCAAACUUCCGGGAGGCGAACUAGUGUACACCUGUAAGGGACACGAAGCCAUCAUCAACUGCAUGUCUGUGAACGGGGACGGUGUGCAGUUCUCCGGCGGGGAUAACGGCAGUUUGACCUUCUGGGAUUACAAGACCGGUCUGCCAUUCCAGCAUAUGGACGACAUUCCGCAACCAGGAAGUCUGGAUGCUGAGGCAGGUGUAUUCUGCUCGACGUUUGACAUGACAGGGACGAGGUUAAUCACCGGUGGUGCGGACAAGACAAUUAAAAUCUACGCUGAACGGACUGAAUGA